GCAUAGAGACGGGCGUUGAGCUCGGCGGCCUAGAGCGUCGCCGGAUCGGAGCCGGAGCCCGAGUCGCGCGCUGUGUCUCUGCUGCGUCCGCCGAGGCGAGGCUCCGAGUGUCAGGGACAAAAGCCGCCGCCGCACCCUCUGCUCCCGCCGUCGGGGCUCAUCCACCGCCGCCGCUGUCCCGACGAGGAGUCCGCCGCCGUCGUUCCUCGUGAGGAUCCGAGAGCCAUGUCGGCCAGCAGCCUCUUGGAGCAGAGACCAAAAGGUCAAGGAAACAAAGUACAAAAUGGUUCUGUGCAUCAAAAGGAUAGACUAAAUGAUGAUGAUUUUGAACCUUACUUGAGCCCACAGGCAAGGCCGAAUAAUGCAUAUACUGCCAUGUCAGACUCCUACUUACCCAGUUACUACAGCCCCUCCAUUGGCUUUUCCUAUUCUUUGGGUGAAGCUGCUUGGUCUACUGGAGGNGACACAGCCAUGCCCUAUCUAACUUCUUAUGGACAACUGAGCAANGGAGAGCCCCACUUUCUACCAGAUGCAAUGUUUGGGCAACCAGGAGCCCUAGGUAGCACUCCAUUUCUUGGUCAGCAUGGUUUUAAUUUUUUUCCCAGUGGGAUUGACUUCUCAGCAUGGGGAAAUAACAGUUCUCAGGGACAGUCUNCUCAAAGCUCUGGAUAUAGUAGCAAUUAUGCUUAUGCACCCAGCUCCUUAGGUGGAGCUGUGAUUGAUGGACAGUCAGCUUUUGCCAAUGAGACCCUCAAUAAAGCUCCUGGCAUGAAUACUAUAGACCAAGGGAUGGCAGCACUGAAACUAGGUAGCACAGAAUUUACAAGCAGUGUUCCAAAAGUUGUAGGCUCUGCUGUUGGUAGUGGGUCCAUCACUAGUAACAUUGUGGCUUCUAGCNGUUUGCCUCCAGCUACUAUUGCUCCUCCAAAACCAGCAUCUUGGGCUGAUAUUGCUAGCAAGCCUGCANAACAACAACCUAAACUGAAGACCAAGAAUGGCAUUGCAGGAUCAAGUCUUCCACCACCCCCAAUAAAGCAUAACAUGGAUAUUGGAACUUGGGAUAACAAGGGUCCUGUAGCAAAAGCCCCCUCACAGGCUUUGGUUCAAAAUAUAGGUCAGCCAACCCAGGGAUCUCCUCAGCCUGUUGGACAGCAGGCCAAUAAUAGCCCACCAGUGGUCACAUCAGUAGGAGUAGGGCAACAGACGCAGCCAUUGCCUCCACCUCCACCUCAGCCUGCUCAGCUCUCAGUCCAGCAACAGGCAACUCAGCCAACUCGCUGGGUAGCGCCUCGGAACCGUGGCAGUGGGCUCGGUCAUAACGGGGUGGAUGGGAAUGGAGUAGGACAGUCUCAGGCAGGUUCUGGAUCUACUCCUUCAGAGCCUCACCCAGUGUUGGAGAAACUUCGGUCCAUUAAUAACUAUAACCCUAAAGAUUUCGACUGGAAUCUGAAACAUGGCCAGGUUUUCAUCAUUAAGACCUACUCUGAGCACAAUAUCCACCAUUACAUUAAGUAGAAUAUCUGGUGCAGCACAGAGCACGGUAACAAGAGACUGGAUGCCGCCUAUCGUUCCAUGAAUGGGAAGGGUCCCGUGUACUUACUUUUCAGUGUCAACGGCAGUGGACACUUCUGUGGAGUUGCAGAGAUGAAAUCUGCUGUGGACUACAACACAUGUGCAGGUGUGUGGUCCCAGGACAAAUGGAAGGGUCGUUUUGAUGUCAGAUGGAUUUUUGUGAAGGACGUUCCCAAUAGCCAACUGCGACACAUUNGUCUAGAGAACAACGAGAAUAAACCAGUGACCAACUCUAGGGACACUCAGGAAGUGCCUCUGGAAAAAGCUAAGCAGGUGUUGAAAAUCAUAGCCAGCUACAAGCACACCACUUCCAUUUUUGAUGACUUCUCACACUAUGAGAAANGCCAAGAGGAAGAAGAAAGUGUUAAAAAGGUAAAGGAGCUUAUCAUUGAGACUAUGGGGAAGGAGGCGGCAUUAGAAAGGAUAAGAAAGGUAUUGUAGUGACUGAGUGCUUAAUAAAAGCUCUGUAAAUAAUGGUGUGAUUUAGCAGCUUAAGGCUUUAUGGGAGUAUAAUUGGUCUUUUGAACCCUAGUGUGAAGGAAUGUGAGCAUUAGUGGAGAGCAGAAACAAUACAGUGUGAACUUAACUGCUAUAGACAGGUAAUUG